AGCGCAUAGAGGGAGGGAGUCACAUUAUAGAAAGCAAGAGAGAGAGAGAGAGAGAACGAAAAUAAAAGGAGAGAGAGGUGGAGUGCGGGAGAGAGAGAAAGGGAGUUUUCCUCUUUCCUCCGCUUCGUAUAUCUGUAGUUUAGCUUUUCUCUUUUACCUUCCGUGAUCAAUGUUUCUGCCCCAGAUUGAGGAAAAAAACUAACUCGGCUUCUCUGCUAUUUAGCUUAUUAUUGGCUUCUCUACUAUUCUUUGGAAAGUCCAAAAAAGGUUUUAUGAAGUGGGUUUCUUCAGCAAGUUUCUCUUUGAUGAGUUCUUCGGGGUUUGCCGGCUUUUUCUUCUAUAUUUCUCAGAUAUUUGUGCUUAGCAUGGUGCGGAGUAAGAGUUUGUGUUCUAAUGGAGUUGGAAGAUCAAAGGCAUGUGGUGGGCUUGGAAGGUGGAGGGUGAGGUUGCUGCCUCUAUUGGUUUUUGGUUGUAUUGUUGGAUCCUUAUGGGUUUUCUUCGAAGUUCAAAAAGACGGUAUUUUGAGAUGGGAGGAGAAGGUUAUUAGGGUUUUGUGCGAAGAAAAGAUUCAACUUUUUCGGGAGCAGUUCAAUCUCAGCAAGAGCAAGCUUCAGUCUAUGGCCAUGUUGUUCUCCUCAGCAGAUCAGGACUGUGAAAGCAUUUUAAACUCGAGAGUAACGGCAAACUGCAACCGAGAACAGAAUCAAAACCUCCCUAAGCUUUUGAUAAUUUGUUUUGUUAUAAUGGGCAUGGUACUUAGUUCCAUAGUAGUGCCUAUUUAUAGAAAUUUGUUCAAUCUUUCGAAUAAGCUGUUGCACCAGCAGCAAUAUGAGCCGCAUAACCUGAAGGCAGGAGGUAGAUGGCGUAAGAGAAUUCUAUUUAUGGGAAUCUUUCUUGGAAUGUCAGUCUCUGUGUGGAUUUAUUUCAGCAUGAAUGCAACCAUUGUUGCAAGAAGAAAGGAGACUCUUACAAAUAUGUGUGAUGAGAGAGCUAGAAUGUUACAAGAUCAGUUCAAUGUGAGCUUGAACCAUGUCAAUGCAUUAGCUAUUCUGAUAUCAACUUUUCACCAUGGAAAGAACCCUUCUGCCAUUGAUCAGAAAACCUUUGCAGAGUAUACAGCAAGAACUGCAUUUGAACGCCCAUUGACCAGCGGUGUAGCUUAUGCUUUAAAAGUUUUACAUUCUGAGAGAGAACAAUUUGAAAAGGAACAUGGAUGGAGUAUAAAGAAAAUGGAAACUGAGGAUCAGUCUCCUGUUAAAGAUGAUUACGCUCCUGAGAAACUUGACCCUUCACCUGCUCAAGAGGAAUAUGCACCAGUUAUCUUCACUCAAGAAACGGUAUCACACAUUGUAUCAGUUGAUAUGAUGUCUGGGAAGGAAGAUCAUGACAAUAUAUUAAGAGCCAGGGCAUCGGGGAAGGGCGUUCUAACAUCUCCAUUUAAGCUUCUUAAAUCAAAUAAACUUGGGGUGGUUCUCACAUUUGCUGUAUAUAAAAUUGACCUUCCCCCCGCUUCUACGGCUCAAGAGCGUAUUGAUGCUACCGUCGGGUAUCUUGGUGCUUCAUUUGAUAUUGCUUCUUUGGUAGAGAGACUUCUUCAGCAGCUUGCAAGCAAGCAAACUAUCAUCGUUAAUGUGUAUGACACAACUAACUCAUCCGCUUGUAUAAAGAUGUAUGGUCCAGAUGAUGUUUCUGAUAGAGAUGAUGUGCAUAUUAGUUAUGUUGAUUUUGGCGAUCCGACAAGAAGACAUGCAAUGCAUUGCAGAUUCAAGCAUGAACCUCCACCUCCAUGGUCAGCUAUAACAACAUCAUUAGGUGUUGCUGUGAUUGUUUUGCUCGUUGGGCACAUAUUUAAUGCUGCCAUUAAUCGGAUUGAAAAGGUUGAAGAUGAUUAUCGCGAAAUGAAAGAGCUGAAAGUUCGGGCUGAAGCUGCCGAUGUGGCAAAAUCACAGUUUUUGGCGACUGUUUCACACGAAAUUAGAACUCCAAUGAAUGGUGUCUUAGGUAUGUUGCAGAUGCUUCUGGACACAGAUCUUGAUUCAACACAGCAGGAUUUUGCAAUGACUGCUCAGGCGAGUGGGAAGGCCUUAAUUUCCUUAAUAAAUGAGGUUCUUGAUCAGGCUAAGAUAGAAUCUGGUAGGCUUGAGCUAGAGGCUGUACCUUUUGAUCUUCGCGCUGUUUUGGAUAAUGUUUUGUCUCUAUUUUCUGACAAAUCGCAAGCCAAAGGCAUCGAGCUGGCGGUUUACAUUUCCAAUCAGGUGCCAGAAGUUCUUAUAGGAGACCCUUGGCGUUUCAGACAAGUUAUUACAAAUCUUGUUGGGAAUUCUGUGAAGUUUACAGAAGAAGGGCACAUCUUUGUUUCGGUUCAUCUAAUUGAGGAAAUGAGGAGGAUUUGUGAUGUUGACAACCAUGUGUGUAGGAAAGGGCAUGAUCUAGUUGAGAAUGGCAUGGAUCUUUUGCAGAAUACAUUAAGCGGUUUUCGUGUGGUAGACAGGUGCAAAAGUUGGGAGAAUUUCAGAAUGUUUGAAACCAAUACUGAAACUACUGAUGUAAUUAACAUACUGAUUACAGUUGAGGACACGGGGGUUGGAAUUCCUCUAGAUGCUCAGAAUCAUAUUUUUAUGCCUUUCAUGCAAGCCGAUAGUUCUACGUCCCGGAUGUACGGUGGGACGGGCAUUGGAUUGAGCAUAAGUAAAUGCUUGGUGGAUCUAAUGGGUGGGGAAAUAGGAUUUGUAAGUGAACCAGGUGUUGGAAGUUCAUUUUCAUUCACUGCUGUGUUCAGGGAAGGGUGGAAGAAUUCAGUUGAUAUGAAAAGGCAGCAAUCAGAAAUAACCGUGUCGGAUUUCCGAGGAAUGACAGGAUUGGUUGUUGAUGGAAGGAGCAUCCGUGCCGAUGUUACAAAGUAUCACUUGCAGAGAUUGGGAAUAGAAGUGGAAAUUGCCACAAAUCCAGAAUCUGCACUCUCCAAGAUACUGGAUGCUUGCAGCCCAAGUGGGACUGGACAUGUUGACAUUGUACUUGUUGACAAGGAUGCUUGGGGUGAGGGAUCUGGUCUGGCAUUCACUCGUCCAAUUAUUGAGCUCAAGCAAAAUGGUAGACUGGGUCCUCAGGAAAAUAUCCCAAAGAUGCUUCUGUUGUCUACCUCCCUAAGCCCUUCUGAGGUGGAUAUUAUAAAAUCGGCGGGAUAUGUUGAUUGCAUUAUAAAGCCUCUUCGCGUAAGCAUGAUGACUGCUUGCCUUCAGAGAGCCAUGGGAGUAGGGGAUAGGAGGCAUCAAGAAGCAGGGCAACCGCCGACGCUAAAAAGCUUACUGAGCGGGAAGCAAAUCUUGGUUGUCGACGACAAUUUAGUUAAUCUCAAGGUCGCCGCUGGCGCUUUAAAGAAAUAUGGAGCUGUAGUUAAAUGUGCAGACAGCGGCAAGGCUGCCAUUGAGUUCCUUCAGCCUCCUCACAAUUUUGAUGCUUGCUUUAUGGAUGUUCAGAUGCCUGAAAUGGAUGGAUUUGAAGCCACCCGGCGAAUCCGAGACAUGGAGCAAAAGGUCAAUAAGCUCAUCAAGUCAAGAGAAGCAUCGGUGGAAAUGUAUGGUAAUGUUGCACAUUGGCAUAUACCCAUACUGGCAAUGACAGCUGACGUUUUCCAGGCAAAUUAUGAUGAGUGUGUGAGGUAUGGCAUGGAUGGUUAUGUGUCGAAGCCAUUUGAAGUAGAACAGCUUUAUUCUGCUGUAGCUCAGUUCUUUGAGUCUGAUGCAGCAGUUGUAGUUUCAUGAGAUCAGGCAUUUCAUGGUUCCUGAGAAGGGAUUUUGCUGUAAGUGUGAAUAAUUAACUGAUGCAGAUGUUCAAAGUAGCUGAAAGCUAAGAUCGGAUUCGAUGCCGCAGUCUUUGAACCUUCUAAGUUCUUCUCAGAUGCUGUCUGGAGUAAUCUGGACAUUUGCGGCAGAUUCCAUACUGACUCUACUACUAAUAUUCUUAUAGCACUGCUCCUAAGAAGUUGCAGCUUUUUCAGCCCUCUGUGGCAAUAUUCUUGUAGAAUACCAAAGUGAUUGAAGUUUGAUCAUUUGCUCGAAGUCGAUACAGCUUCAAAUUUUUCCUAUACAGAAGUUUUAUUUGUUGAGAUUAUGAGAGAGAGAGAGAGAGAGAUGUAGAUAGAGUAUAUAUGAAUUUGUUAUAACUAACCUUAGGAAUAGAGGGUUUGCAAUUGGUUUUCUUUCCAUGUAAUAGGGAGGCAUGAGAGCCCUUGACCAUGGCUGCUCUUCUCUACUAGGUUGUAUUUCUCUUCUUCUUCUUUUAUGUAUGUAAUAAAUAUUAUUUAUUUUGUUGUCAUUGUGGGCAUAAAGUAGAAUAUUUUGUUUUUUUUUUUCAAGGAAUGUACAUCAAUUAUUUCUUAGCA